AUGGCAAUAUUUAAAUUUGAUAUAUUAAAUUUGGAGUCGAUUACAUUUUUACCAAAUUUAUCAGUUUCAUUCGAUUCCUCUUUAACUGAUAAUAAUAAUAUGGCAGUAGAUCUCUCUAAAUAAACAAUUUUACUUUAACAACCUAAAGUAUUAAGUAAGGAUUUAUAUAAUGUUGCAAAUAAAUUUUAAGACCUUGGAAGUGCCUUAAUAAUAGGUUUAGGAUCUAUUAGUGUACUAAUGUUAUUCUUUGGAGAUCCAUAAUAGAGUUUAGAAAUUUUUGACACUUUACAAUUUUAAUCAUAUUUAAAAUUUGUAAAUGUAGUUUACCCUUAAAAUCUAUAAAUAUAUUUUCAUUCAUCUGAUAUUGUAACAGUUAAUCCUAUUCUAAUAACCUUUAAAAUAAAAGAUGUUUUUCAUACUAUAAUUUAAGAUAAUUUUAUUGAAAGCAUAGGUAAACUUUAAGAAUAUUAAAUUAAUGCUGAUCUACUCAUAAAUAUUUAGAGUUAGCUAUCCUAAAUUAGUUUAAUUGUUUUCUUGUAUAUAAUUUGUUUAUUUUAUCCAAGAUUCUUUAACAAUUAUUGUUUUACUUCUAAAUUUUUUUAUUUUAUUAGCUCAAGUAAAUCCAAAUUUUUAGAAAAGUUAGGAAUUAAAUUUUAUAAAUUUAAUAAAAAAAUAAUCAAUCUAAGAAAACUAUAUACUAUAAAAGGAUUUAGACAGCUAUUUUAUGCAAACUCUUGGGAUUUACUUUUUAAAGUACUCCUAUUUAUAACAUCAAAUAAUUAACAAGGAUAUCGAUCUAUAAUAUCUUAAUGUAUUUGUUUUUUAGUUUUAAGUGUGUUCAUAUCAUUGUUAUGUUAACAUUUUAAAGGAUUAAAUAAAAAUCUUGAUUUUUCUAUACUCAGAAUUGAAUAGCAUGAAGGUAUUUGCUAAUUAAAAAAACUAUUAUUCAUCUUAAUAUUAAUUGAUAUACAAGAAAGUGAUAUAUUUUAAUGUACAAUGAUAACUUUGCUUAUUUUUGUAUAUAUAGGAUUCCUAUUCAUGAUAUAAUAAAAUAUUCCAAAAAUAGAAUUAAUUGGAUUAAUUUGGAUGGAAGCUCCAGUAAUGCUUUUUACAUUGACAAGUUUAAUCUAUUGUUCUGAUUUUUAAAACUAUUUGACAAAUGAUUUAUAAAUUUUAAUAGGUUUUGGUUAAAUUGGACUUUUGAUUCUUGGCCUGUUAGGUCCACUAAUUAAACUUGGAAUUAAACUAUACAGAGACUUUUAGUAAUUUUAUCAAAAGAAAUAACAGAAUGUAAAAUAAUUUGAAGUUUUCAAUAUUUUAAACUUUGAUAAAAUGAAAUGA